AUGUCACGCCCUAGCUCCAUAUAUAGACCGGGGAAUUCAUCUUUAACUAGUCGUCGGAUUCAUCAUGUUAUUCCGCAGGAUCUGUUUCCAUUGUUGGAUUUCAAGGAAAUAUCGAUUUGUUUACAAAGUUGUGAUUUUAUAGCUAAUGAAGAAUUAGUAUCAAGACCGACUAGUCAGUAUAUCAAAACAUUACUAGAACAGCUUCUAGACUCGUUCAUGGGUCUCUCUGCUGAUAAUAUUAAUGGAAUGGUUAGAAAUGUAAACAAGAAUGACUUAUCUAUGACGAAAACGCAGGAUGCUCAGAUGGAAGAAGAACCAGAAAAUGGAGGAUCACAAAUAGAAGACGAUGAUGAUAUAACGUCGAGCGUACGUUUAAUAUUGCUACACAGAGGGGCAUAUGAGUUUUUUCUGAUAUGUGGAGUAAAUGAUUUUACGUUAAUGGACAUAAUGAGGCCUGAACCACAGAGAAUACGGAGAAUAUUGAGUGCCGUUGUAAAUUAUGCAAGAUUUAGGGAAGAGAAUUCUGUAGAGUGUGAGAAGCUUGUCAGCAUAAGUGAAGGUAACCUAGAGCAAUUGAAGGUUGUACAAAAUGAGAACAGUAGACUUUCAAAUAAAAUAAACGACUUAAAGUAUAAAAUUGAAGCCAACGAGACAGAUGAGGGCAAUAAAAAGGCAACAUUGAAGCAAAUAACGACUUAUAACUCAAAAUUGGAAAAUGAAUUAAAAAAGUUGAAAAAGAAUCAGGAAAUAUUAACUUUGGAGCAUUCUAAAUAUAAGGACGAAAAGAGAAGAUUGAUCGAGAAAUUAGAGGAUCACAAUUAUUUAAUAAUGGAAUCGAAUAAAGAGUUGGAUAAGUUAAAAAGCUAUCUCCUAUCUAAUCCUGAAAUCCUUACCAAAAUCAUUGAGGAUUUAAAGACGAAUUUAAGCGAAUAUCAAACCAAUUUGGCCGAUUUAGAAUCGAAGAAUAAAAAUAUGACCAUAAGCAUUGAAUCAUUUCAGUUAGUAGAACAAGAAUUAAAAAAUCUAUUUAGAAUUUUGGAAGAAGUAUUGAAUGAUUUAACUAAAGAAGAAACUUCUUUAGAUAAAUUGAACAAAUACCAAGAAUUCAAAGAACAACAAAACUUGACUUUAAACGACUUAAAUAGACAAAUCCAACAAGUAACGAGACAACUCAAUAAUACGGAGGAGAAAAUUAAAAGGUUAAGACAUCAAUCAAGCGAGAGGAGUGAAGCCAGUAAACAGAAGCUAAUUUCUUUAAAAGACGGCUACGAUACUUUGGUCAAAGAGCGUAAAGUUAAAGAACAAGAAUUAAAUAAGAAAAAAGAUUUUAUAAGUGAAUUGGAAACUAAGAUGAAUGGAGAGAGAAGUAAUUUUCAAAUAGAGCUAAGAAACGCUGAAUUGGCUGUUGCUAAAUUAAAUUCUCAUGUCAAACUCUAUUUAACUGAAAUGAAUAAAAAAGUGGAUUGA